UUGUCAGUUGCCAAUGCAGAACAUCAAUUAAUACGACUGAGUUCAUCCAACCCUAAUUUACAAGUUAUGAAUUCAGAUGAUUCCUCAAAGAAUGGCUCGUCAGAAUCUUCACACAAACUAUUUAAAUCAACAUAUGAUAAAAGAGAACAUGAAAAUAAAGUUAGAGAAGAGUUUAUUACUGCCUCAACAGAAGUGCAUAAGAACAUGCGUAGUUUGCUACAAACUAUUGUUUCUGAGAGGUCCAGGUUAAAACAAGCAUUAGAACAAGAUAUACAACCUACAAGUCAUAAUGUUGAGAUAUAUCAGUUACAAACUCAGCUACAACGGGCUUAUGCACAGAAUACAGAUUUAAAAGAACGACUUGGUCGGAUAUUCAGAGAAGCUGAUCUGACAGCAACACCAAUGCAUCCCAUUGCUACUCAAGAGAGUACUCCAAGUCCUGCACUAGUACGUGAUGUUUCCAAUGACAGUAAGUUGUCAGUAUCAGAUAUCAGUGAAUUCUUUGAUGCAGAGGAAUAUUUUAUACUAAGUUCAUCAUCAUCUGAAGCUGCACCAUCAGAUGAGGAUAUUGAUUCUAGCUUUCUCAGUGAUGAAGAAUUUUCUGAAGAAACUGGAGAUCUGCAAUCAAUGUGUCCCAGCAGUGUUGUUGAGAAUGAUAUUCAACCAAGUUAUUCAAAGACUGGCAGAAGAAGUAAAUUACCAGUACCAAAAGCAGAUGUUGGAGAUUUUAGUAUGUGGAAUUUAUUGAAGAAAAAUAUUGGUAAAGAUUUAUCCAAAGUAUCUAUGCCAGUUACACUCAAUGAACCGAUUGGUGUGUUACAGCGUUUAUGUGAAGAACUUGAGUACAGCGAGUUGUUAGAUAAAGCAUCGCAAACUGAUGACAUUUAUAGGCGUAUGGUAUUAGUGGCAGCAUUUGCAGUGUCUGGUUAUGCAUCAUCACAACAUAGAGCCGGUCAAAAACCAUUCAAUCCAAUGUUAGGAGAAACAUAUGAAUGCAUAAGAGAUGAUAAAGGAUUUAAAUUUGUCAGUGAACAGGUAUCCCACCAUCCACCAAUUUCUGCAUGUCAUUGUGAAAGUGAUAGUUUUACUUUUUGGCAAGAUAUUAGAAUUAAAACCAAAUUUUGGGGGAAGUCAAUGGAAUUUCUACCGAUUGGUACAGUUAAUGUCAUUAUACCCAGGUAUAAUGAUCAUUACCGAUGGAAUAAAGUUACUACAUGUGUUCACAAUAUAUUGAGUGGACAACGUUGGGUUGAUCAAUUUGGUGAAAUGAUUAUACACAAUGGUCCAAUUACAUGUAAAUUAACAUUUGCAAAGGCUAGUUACUGGAGUAGUAAACGAUAUGAAGUGUAUGGCGGAGUGUAUAAUGCUGAUGGUAAAGUUGUACAUCAGUUAUUUGGUAAAUGGACUGAAGGAAUGUAUUGUGGCAUAUCCGGGUCUGCCAAAUGUAUAUGGAGACCAGGAGCAAUGCCAGAAGAUUAUGAUCUAUAUUAUGGGUUUUCCAAAUUUGCUGUAGAACUCAAUGAUUUAGAUCCAAAUCAGAAACUUGUACUGCCGCCAACAGAUUCUAGGUUCAGACCAGAUCAAAGAAUGCUAGAAGAAGGAAACAUUGAUGAUGCUGAAAAAGAGAAAUUAAGAAUUGAAAAUUCACAGCGCGAGAGAAAGAAGCAGAGAGAUGAGAAGAAGCUAUCUUAUGAACCUCUCUUUUUUAAGAAAUCACUGGAUGGUGACAAAGAAUGCUGGGUCACAAAUGGUCAUUACUGGAAACUGCGAGAAAAUCCUGGGUUUGCUAAGAUGAAAGAAAAGUUUGUAAAGCUUUGGUGA